UACGCCUCAGUUCAGUGUACAUGAAUAGAAAAAUAAGUGUUCUCUUUGGGGGAAAAAACAGAGUAGCACACGAGUAUUUGUGGCGAAGUAAGAAUAUUUCAGAGAUGGACGCAGAAAAUAAUCUAGAGAGUCCAGAGCAAGAGAUCGAGCUCUUGGAAGAUGAUUUUGUAGAAGUGGUAGAUUUAGAUGGUGACGAUGAAGCAGAGGAAGAUGGACUUGCAGUUGGAAUGGAGGAUGUUGGUUUCACAGAUGACAUGAAUGAUCAAGAUGGUGAAAGUGUUGGCAUGGCUGAAAAAGAUGAUGCAGACUUGAGCUUCCAAAAGCAUACUGCUUCUGUCUUCUCUGUGGCAAUUGAACCAGUGAAUAGUUCAGUGGCAGUUUCUGGUGGAGAAGAUGACAAGGCUUACAUUUGGCAAAUAAAAGAUGGACAGACACUUUUGGAGUGCCAUGGUCAUAAAGAUUCUGUGACAUGCACAGCUUUCAGUCACGAUGGGAAAUUUGUUGCCACUGGUGAUAUGAGUGGCUUCAUUAUUGUCUGGGAUGUUGCUACAAAAAAGGAAGUUUGGAGCUUUGAGGCAACAGACCUAGAGUGGCUAGAAUGGCACAAUGAGGCAAAUGUGCUCCUAGCUGGGACAGCAGAUGGUAAUGUGUGGAUGUGGAAAAUUCCAAGCUCAGAUUGCAAGACAUUCCAAGGUCAUGGAUGCCGAUCAACAUGUGGGAUGUUCAUGAAAGAUGGUAAGAGAGCAAGUGUUGGAUAUGAGGAUGGAACUUUGAAACUCUGGGACUUACGACAAGGAAUGCAUACUUUUCAUUUAUCAGAUGGCACAGCUCACCAGGGCUCUGUAACAUGUAUAGAUGGACAUAGAGAUAAUGUUCUUGUGGCAACAGGAUCAGAAGACUCCACUGUCAAAAUAGUCAACACAAACAGUGGGAAGGUACUGAGUACUUUGGCUGCAGGUUUUCAAUCCGAGAAUGACAGUGACCCACCUCCAUCUAUUGAAGCUGUUGGAUUCUCUCCUCAGCAACCCAUGCUAGCAACAGCAUCAUUAAGUGGGGUCCUUGGGGUGUGGGAUCUGUCAUCAUACAGGCUUCGUCAGGAGUGUAAACAUCCGGGAGGGAUAGUGCGAUUGAAGUGGGAUGCUGCAACACCUCUAAUAUAUACUGGAUGUCUGGAUGGUGUGGUGCGUCUAUGGGACAGUCGAUCAGGAAAUUGUGAACGAGAGUGGUAUGGUCACAAUGGGGAAAUACUGGAUCUCGCUGUGGCCAGAGAUGGGAGCUUUUUAUUAACAGGAUCAGGGGAUAGUACAGCAAGAGUGUUCACAGUACAAACACCUGGAAGAUGACAAAAGUUAGCUUCAUCCCAGAGGAGUUGUAAAAUUAAAUUGUCACCAAUAAAAACAUAUUAAUUAUCA